AUGCCUUUGCCCAGGGUCCUGACUGCUGAAUUUCUGUCUCGCUACAAUUCCGACUCCGGCCCUGGACCAUUUCCGGAUCUAAAGACUGGCAAAACCGGCCACCAUUCCAGGCUGGCUUCAGACGAUGACAAACACGUAGAAAUAUAUUCAAAUAUCAUCGAAAUGCUUGGUCAAUUAAAUGUGCUUACGCCGCACGGUCGGUCUUGCUAUGUCUUGCACAAGAUCGAACGAAUUGUCAAUAACAGUAUUAGCGGAGGAGAUGGAGGCUUUGGUGACGGGAACACUACCGUCGUAGAGGUGCGGCUAUUCUUCACAGAGUCCGUAUUGACGGGCUCCGUCACGGCAAAAGAAGGAGAUGUAAUGAGCGAUCGUAAUGGAAACAGUGGAGGCACUGGGAGCGAAGCCAAUGACGACACUGACAGCGGAGACGACGAACGGAUCAAUCGCACAAGGGCUGAGUGUAAAAAGAAACAAGCCUAUGCCCUGUGGGCUGCAGCCCUAACAAGCAACGAAAAAGAAAAUGCCGUCAAUGGCUCAGGCAGCAUCAGCGCCCCCAGCACCAAAAUUGAAAACGAUUCCGCUCUCUCUCACACUCUCUCCUUCUCCAUCUCUCUCCCCCUCUCUAUCUCUCUCUCCCCUCUCGCUCCCCCUUUCUCUUCCUCUCUCUCUCUCUCUCUCUUAUUAGUGGCUUUAUUGACUUGCUUGGAGUAA